CACGAAUGGCUGGGGAGAUGAAGAUCUGAUCCUAAAAUAUUUGAAACGUGACAAUGUGGAUAAAACAGCUUUUAGCAAUCAGUUCGAUGUCUGUCCGCAGGUCAGGUUGCCCGGUAGGAAGCCAUGCUUGGAUAUUAAUAGCCAUGUUUCAACUAGCCAUGGAUUUCACCAUCUGUGAAUCUGUAGCCCAAGGCCAAGGGUUUAGGCUCCUGCAAAGGCCUUCUCACUGGCAUAGAUUGUCCCAUAGUCCUCUGUGGAGUUUUAAAAAUGGACAGCAACUGAGGAUUCCUGGCCCUUUUUGGAACCAUGUUUCUUCUCAUCCUGAACGAUCUCAUGGGCAAAUACAAACAUAUCAUUCAAAAAGGCCACACAAAGCCACAGACCAGUUAGCAGGCCUUCUUUAUAAAAGCAUGCAGUCCAAGCAUUCCACUACUGCAAAAUCAGCCCCUUCUGUUGUAGAUGGGAGCAGCAGGAGUACAGACCAGCAGACUCAUUUGAAAAGGGGGAAAAGGCACCUCCGAGGAAGCAAUUUUGAUCACAGAGACAGCAGGCCCACCACGGUGCCUGAAGUAAUUGUAUGGGGCCCAACAGGGGAAGAGGACUCCAUAGAAACCAGUACGUUCCCUGGGAAUUAUGGCACCACCACAACUUCUGCUUUACAAACCAGAACGACUACUGUGGCAACCACCACCACCACUACUUCCACCACUGUACAGUCUAAGGGGUUCCCAGCAUCACCUGUGCCAGGGCUUAACACACACAAGAACAACCCUGGCAGGAUUAGCACAACGGAACCCUACACCAGCCACAAGAGCAAUGGAAAAGAAGCCCGUCCACCUAAGAUAAUGGGAGACACUACAGGUCUGGCAGUCCAUCAGAUCAUCACAAUCACAGUGUCCCUCAUCAUGGUCAUAGCUGCUCUGAUAACAACUCUGGUCUUAAAAAAUUGUUGUGUGCAAAGUGGAAACACACGGCGGAACAGCCACCAACGCAAAAUCAAUCAACAGGAAGAGAGUUGCCAGAACUUGACGGACUUCACUCCAGCCCGUGUGCCCAGUAACCUGGACAUAUUCACAGCCUACAAUGAAACACUCCAGUGCUCCCACGAGUGCGUCAGGACACCAAUGCCAGUGUAUACAGAGGAGAUGUUACACUCGCCCGGUGAUUAUAAAACAACGUUCAAUGGAAACAGACCCUCUUCUUCUGAUCGGCAUCUAAUUCCUGUGGCCUUUGUGUCUGAGAAAUGGUUUGAAAUCUCCUGCUGACUGGCCGAAGUCUGUUUUACUUCCUGGGGGCAGGGCAGACGCCAUGUGUCUAUUUCCUGGAUUCCAUUGGUGAACCUGUAAAAAAAAAAAAGGGUUACCUAUACCUACCAUUUCUGUUUACCAGUAGGAGACUCAAACAGCAGCACUCUAUGUGCCAAAUAUAUUUUUAUAAAAAUGAACACACCUGUAGGAAACUGCAUUUUCAAAGCGCGCAUUUAUGGGAGAAGAGAAAAAAAUGUGCAAGCAAAGAAGCCCAUGAAGAAAGAGGAACUUAAGACGAAAUAAAGAAAAGGACUGAACAUCUGGAGUUUGGGAUAUGGACUGUGAUUCUGAACCUGUGCCAAUAAUACCAUUAUGUGCCAUGUACUGAUCUGAAAGACUUCACAAGAAGCUGAAGCUAAGUGAAUUACACAUAGAAAUAUUAGAGAAAAUCGGGGUGGGGAAUCUCUUCUGAUAGAGUCAGUAUUUCUGGUUAAUAUACAUAUAUACAUAUAGAUAUAAAUAUAUAUAGAUACAAACACACACACACACAAACACAAACACUUUUUGUACUGUAGCAAUUUUUGAAAAUCUUAAAUAUUCAUUUUUAAAAAAUUGUGUCAUGGGUUACAAAUCUGAUUUCUUUAACAUUCUUAGUGUGAACUAAAUAAACUGAUGUUUUCUACUUUGGCAGCUUGCCUUUAAAACAUAUAUAUAUAUAUAUAUAUAUAUAUAUACACACACACACACACAUAUUUGAAAUAAAAUUUCCACUAGGGAACAAAUUAUUUGCCAGGCCCAAUAAACCAUUGCUCAUAGAGGAUUCCCUGAGAAGGUACUGAAACUCUGUUAAAGUGACAGUUCUCCUAUCCAUUGUAGAGUUGCCAGAGUGCUAGCAAGACCCAGAAGGGAUUAUGUUAGACCUAAAGAAGAAACGUAUGGCAAUGGUCAUUUAUAUAAUCAGUUGGUUCUGACAGUUCUCAAAAGAAAGAGAAUGGUUAAUAGUAUUUGGGGCUGUUUUGAAACAAAAGCAGAAUUAAGAUGUGUUUUGAAUACAGUUAAAGUAUAGAUGCCUCUGGGCCAAAUUCACAAAGUACAUUCCAGUUAUUGUGAAAUUUAAAAAAAAUCCCCAAAUUUAAACCACACAGGCAAGUAAUCUGUAGAAGAGCCCAUGAGCACGGCCCUUCAGAUACUUUCAGAUCUUAGCCCAGAAUUCAAGUAACAGCCCUUCUAUGAAAUAGCAAGGAGCUAGAAGUGCAUUCUGUGUUUGGAGGGUAAAUUUAAAACCAGACUUCAUUCCAAAUUCCGGCUGAUACGAUUGAAGUGGCAUGGCUUCUGCUCCAUGUAAACCAUUGUGCGCUGGCCAAGAUUGUUGAUUUUACCACAAAGAAAAUAGCAUGAGGUAAUUUUUGACAAAGACAAAUUCCCCCCUUCCAUUCCUCAGCCCCAGUCACUAGACAUUGCAUCUGUAAAGUCACCAAAGUGAUCAGCUCGCCAUAGCACUUUCUAGUUUAUGGUAAGACAUAUGAGGCUGAGAAGAUACACUGGACUGGACUGCUGAAAAUCUAAAAGCAGAGUCUGAAUGCUGCAUCAGCACCUGUAUCCAUUCAUUAAACAAUAAAUACUGAAGAAGCUUCACAGAAAUGAACAGUUGAAACCAGCAGCAAGGGUUACUCUCACUUUAAGCCAGGUAUAGGUGUUUUAGUGGUUGCCCAGGGAAAUUGAGUGGAGAACAUUUUUUAGCUUUUGGAUUAAUGAAUCAAGAAGGAGCCUAGAAGGAAACCCUGAAAACAACUCUGAGUUUCCUCUGUUUUAUAGUGCCCUGACCCCUAUUUGUAUAUUUAUGGUGUUAUAUCUAGGGGCUGGCCAGGGACAAGUUUUAAACAUUACUCAGUUUGUUGGGAAAUGUAGGAGAAGGUUCCACUGUUGACACUAUUGUAUUUCACUCAUAUCAGUCUCAUCUUAUCAUGGCAAAUUAUGAAUCACCAUAUUACACGAAGCCACUGCAUAGAUGAUGGGUGAAGUAGCGUUUUACAGUCCUUGUUCCCUCGUGGAGCUGCAGAGUACUUCCCAAAACAGGCGGGCAAAUAUUCAGGCUGAUUUUUAAAUACAUUCACUGUGGCUGUGGCUCUGGGUAUGCCUCUUCGGUGUUUGCUUCCUGUGAGCUUGCGACUGAUGGUGUUUUGUUGCCAUAAAGUGAAUUUCUAAGUCAGACGUGAGUACUCUUGGAGACUGAAUUUCAGAUUUCUUUGUGUGAUUAUUCAUGCCAGAAAAGCCUGCACUCUCAUCCUAUCAGAGAAGAAAAACAAUUCUUUGUGACUCCUUCGGCCAAUAACAACUAACCAACAUUGGACCUGAUCUAAAGCCCAUUGAAGUCAGUGGUGUCCUUCUGUUGACUUCCUUGGGCUUAGAUUAUGUCUGUAGCAUGAAUAGCAAAUGCUGAUAAAGAACUACACAGCCAGUAAAAAAGACCUCAAAUUAUUUUGUAUAAUGGAUAAAACUGAAUGAAUGUAUCAGUCUGCUCACAGAGAUUCCGCCAGCAGAAAAGGUGAAGGCAAAUUUCUUGCGAUAAAUUAUGCUUUUGCUUAAUCAGCUCCAGUCUCUUACUUUCUAAUAAUGUAUCACAUGAUCCUUUCAGUGUCCAUUCUCGGGAUAUUCUUUUUUGCUAAGGGUAAUAAACUAUUUUGAACAUGUUGACCUAUGCACUAAAAUUUGCUGUUUUAACCUUUGCAGUAGGAUUGGGCUUCUGAUAAUUGGCAGUAGUGCAGCAGGCGGCGACAUGCUGGAUAGCUAGAUCAAACCCAAAGUUAAGUUUGGCUGUCAUCUUUAAAUACCAGGUGUGGGAACAGCUCCACCCCACUUACAGCUGCUGAUAUCUAUCCAGGGACUGCUUCUACAGAUUGACAGGUGUCCCGUUGUGUGCACACCUUGACAAUAACUGGCGACUCGUCAAGAUAGACUUUAGAAAACAGUUUUCAGAGGCUCCUCCUCUCCUUAAAAUCUGCCCCCCUCCCAUGCCUGAAAGAGGGCAUCCCCCAUUUCACAAAUUGCUUCUCAAAUUCCCAAGGCUUGUAGCUAAUUUUUUUUAGAUAGUGGCAUCUGAAUGAUUUUAGCUGAAGCAUCCACCACAAAUAGUUAAUAUGACCUGACAUGUCUAAAAUACCAAACUUUGCUCUAGUGAUUCUGAUGUAAACCUGGAGUAACCAGUGAAAUAAAUGUCAAUGGAGUUACUCUACAUCAAGGUAAUUGAGAGCAGCUUUUUUAACCCAAAGCCCCUAAGUCCCCUUUCUAAACUGCUCUCUCAACGUUGGGCUUAUCCAGAGCUACAUCUAUAUUUAUACAUUAGGUACUAGACUCAAUUUCUGUAUUACAUUCAACAUUUAAAUUAUUUUAGAAGAGAGUGAAAACACUCCUCAUUAUAUCUAGGUGAUGGUGCACAUUGCACCUGUGAAACAUUAUAACUCAUGCAAUCGCUUGUCUUUCUAUAUUACUUUCUAUCCAUUUUUAAUGCACCUGUGUUUUUCUAAUCUGCUGCUGAUCUCUGGGAGGAAAUCUUCCUUGCCCUGCUCCACCAGAACAUUUAUGGACCUGACUCAAAGCCCUUUGAAGACAUUGGAAAGACUCCCAGUGACUCUGAUGGACUUUGAUUCAUGCCCUACAUUCUUUUUCUCAGAAGACCCAGCCACUCUAGAGCCACUCUGGUGAUAUCUAUGAAAAGUAUAAUAGAAUUUUGUCAAUGUGCAUGAUGUUAUUUUUUUCCAUGUUAAAUUUUAUCUGCCAUUGUGCUGCUCAACAUUUAAUUGUCUACAUCCAGCUUAAGUUUCUCACUGUCCUUCACAGGUUUUAUAAAACAAUUAAUCAGCAAACUUCAUCAACUCGGCCUCCAUUUUCCCUAUGAAUAUUAACCCCCAAAGUAACCUAUUACUAAUCUCUCUCCACUGUGUGCUGCUGUUAUACACUAGCAUUAUGUUUUAUAGAGCACCUAAUCAGUUUUUAUUCCAUGACAAAACUUUUCUCCUGAUACUAUGGUCAUUUAUUGCCUGAGGGCCAAAUUCUGAUCCUCUUAAGUUGAGUAAACACCACUUGACUCCAAUGAGACUACUCACAGUCAGGCACUGUUCAGUGUGAGUUAGGGGAUCAGAAAUUUUCCCCUUAAUAAUAUUUUACGGGUGACUUCAGCAAAAUGUUUCAGAAAAUACAAGUAAAUUGUGCUCCUCUGUGACAUUAUCUGCUAACUAUUUCAAACAACUCCAAGGCUAGACAGACGUGUUAGAUUACAUAUACUUCCCCAAGUACUCUACUUUUGUGAUUAGUUAGACUCUUCUAUUGUAGCAGGGUGAAGUUUGCUGAUCUGUAAUUCCAGGAUCUCCCAGGGCUACUUUUUAAAGAACUUCACCCCUGAGCACCACUGAAGUCCCAUGUAUAGCCUAUUAAGCAGGAUUUAAGUGGUACACAGUCUUUGUUUCCUGUUCUCUAUACAGGGGAGAAUUUCACAUCAAAGGACUGAAGCACCUUCAACAAACUUCCCUUGGAAAUAUAAUGUACGUGUAUUCAGGGCUUUGCGUCCGUCUUUCCAAAACAUUACUGCCAGCGGGGCAGAUCCUGUCUGACCUUUCUCCAGUCACCAGUGGAGUGUUACCCAUGCCACGUAACAGCCUGACGUCUACCUCCUACUAGGGUACGUCUACGCUACCCGCCAGACGUACGGGUAGCGAUCGAUCUAUCAGGGAUCGAUUUAUCGCGUGUAGUGUAGACGCGAUAAAUCAAUCCCUGAUCGCUCUCCCGUCAACUGCUGAACUCCAGCUUGGUGAGAGGUGCGAAGUAAGUAAUUUUAAUUCGAUCUAAGAUACAUCGACUUCAGCUACGCUAUUCUCGUAGCUGAAGUUGCGUAUCUUAGAUCGAUCCCUCCCUCCCCCAUUGUAGACCAGCCCCUACAUUCAAAUUCACUGAGGUGCUAUGCUCAUCCAGUGUGACAUCCCAGACAUAAUGAUGCAAGCACUACAUUCAUGGAGGAGAGGCUGUGAACACACUAGAUUGCUUUAGUAGUGCCGAAAGCUUAAUUAAUAAGCAUAACUGACUACCCUGUUUUGAUUAAUAAUUCUACUAAUCAGCAUUAUUAUUUCUAUAUAUAUAUACGGGCCUCAUUCUCCUCUAGCUCACGCUGGUGUAAAUCAGGAGUGACUCCAUUGGUGUCAGUGGAGUUACACCAGUAAAGCACCUUUAAGUGAGAUGAGACUGAGACCCCCCAGCAUGCACGCCUCAGAGUCCUACCCGAGUCUGUCAGCAUAUCACAACUUCCAUACAACGAGGGUUAAGCAGUCCUUAGCACCACCUAGUGCACUCAACAGACUGUAGAGGCACUGAUCACAAUUAGCGAUAUACCUAAUAAGCAACACUUUUUUUAAGCAAGCAGUUAAACCAAAACUUGCACGAUUAAUGUGAUUUUCGGGUGAUUACUUUGGUGCAAUCUGUUGAUUCAGUAUAUGGGGGCUUUUGUAUUUUACCAGUGUAAACAGUGCAGCCCUCAAAAACUAUCAAAACUCGCCAGCACAGAGUAUAUGAAUUUUCCUUUUUUGUUUUACUUAUAUAGCGUUGACCCUCUUUCAACUAUGAAGACUGUGUUUUGUACCUUUACCCAUUGAUCUUCUAUUUAUUUGUAUCUGUUGGCUGCACUGAGUAGUACUUGUGGGUAUUCCAAUGUAAUCCUAAUGGCAGUUUGACAUCAUAAAAUAUAUUUCAAAUCCCUUAUUCCAAAAUG